AUGAGAUUUGACUACACAAUUUCUGACGACCAGUUGGCCUUUUUGAAGUCUCUUAGUUCGAAGGCGUCUCAACAAGUACGUGUCAACUGUAAACAGAGAGAAGAUGAGACGGAACCAAAUUCGGCCUUACCGGGUGCAAAAGCUUCUUCAAUGGGCCCCGACCUGAUCGCACUUCUGGCAGACGAUGACACCAUUCUUGAUCAGCAUCAUCCAAAGAGAAGAUUCAAGGUUCCCGAGACUCGAUGCUUGAGCCAGGUAUGUCUUCAUUUAGUGCUGACUGUAUCGGUUAUCGCAUGA